CUUAAACGAUCUAGUACAUGUCAUAAUAAUCAGACUAUGAGAGAGUUUUGUAUAUUGUUAGUUGUUACAUACAACUUGAGCUGUUUGUUAUCAUAUGUUGUAGGAUCAUUAUUUAAGGGCCAUGUUGUUGGUGGAAUACGACAUUUUCGACCACACAAAUUAUUAUUUUGAAAGACAAAUCCCUGUGAUUUCAUAUGAGUAUGUUUCUUGGAGUUUCAUACAGCACCACAUUUAUGCUUACCACACUUAUCUACAUUAUAUCUUUAUAGCCUAUAUAUACAACACCAUUCUUGAUUACAAACAACAAGAAGUCCUGAAAAUACUCUAGCUUUCUCAGCUUUCACUUAUUUAAAAUACUUCCUAAAGGAGCUUUUUUUUUUAAUUAUAAAAGAAAGAAAAGAUGGCAAUCCGCCAAAUUUUGAGACGAUCUUUAUCCAGCGAAAGAAAAUCAACUGAAGUUCCAAAGGGUCAUUUGGCAGUGUAUGUUGGGGAGAGUGAAAAGAAGCGUUUCGUAAUUCCAUUAUCGUAUUUGAACCACCCUUCGUUUCAAGAUUUGCUGUGCCGAGCUGAAGAAGAAUUUGGAUUCCAUCAUCCAAUGGGUGGACUAACCAUUCCUUGCAGUGAAGAUCUAUUUGUUGAUUUAACCUCUCAUUUGAGCAGAACAUGAUCUAUAUAGGUUUAGGAGGAACACAAUUUUGUAAAAUUAGUUCUUGUUUCAUGAAAAGAAAUGUAUAGAAACGC